UGCAUGUGAAAACGCGAUAAGAGCAGAUUGACGCAAUCUCAUUCACCACCGUAUUCGGAGCGACAAAGCGUUGAAAGUGAAGAUGGACAAGCGAAUGGGUCUGGCAAAGAAGAAUAGUCCUGGUCAGAAGAGAGUGAAUCUUCCUGUGAUUGAAGGCCCAGAAGACAACGCGACGAGUUGUGAAGUUGGAAAUGUGGAUCGUCUGAGAAUAGUGGAUUCCGAUUUUUGGUACGGUGGCCACGAAUCCAGUUUCAAUGGCGAGGGGUCAGCGAAAACAGGGAGAUGGAAGGUGUUGCUUGGCACUUCACGUGACGAUCCCUCCCAACCGCAACUUCCAAAGCUGGAGAUGGGGCUUCUUGUUAUUGCCCCCUUCGACCGUCCAUACAAGACUCUGUGCUUUUAUCUUCGACGGCCAGUGUCAUAUAUCCGUAAGUCGCAUCCGAUCAAUUCCAGCAUGAGCGUGAGACGCUUUGCCGAUGGACUCAGACCAUGUCGCUCGAGUGCGCAUCAUCAGGGGUGUCAUGGCUUGUGGACAAGUUGCGCUUCACCGAAUGCGAAGUUGCUGCCUGUCUAUAAUAUACUGCCACCUGGCAGCAGCACGAAGACGCUUUCACGCUCAUUCUCCAACUCGACCGAAGCCUUUUACUGACUUGCUCCUGUUCGUUGUGAUAGGCUACUCCGACAUUUCUGAAUAACCACUACCCACACGACACUUCAAUCUACAACACCGCCAACAUGGGUCUCACAUUCUCGCGUCUGUUCGACCGUCUCUGGGGAAAGAAGGAGAUGAGAAUUCUCAUGGUCGGUCUCGAUGCCGCCGGAAAGACCACCAUCCUUUACAAGCUGAAGCUCGGUGAAAUCGUCACCACCAUCCCCACAAUCGGUCC